AUGGAGGAUUUAAGAAGAUAUUUAUACCAAACCUUAACUAAGGUUGAAGGUCUUUACUCAAUUCUGAUAUCUGAUCAUGAUGGUGUUGUUAUUUUAAAAGCUCAUGCCAACAAAUCAUCUGAACACAAUUCAAAUUACAAACAUUCAUUUUUAUCAGAAUUUAAUUCUGCAUCAGAACAAGCAGGAAAAUUAGAACUUGGAAAAAACAAAACAGUGAUUUGUUUUUAUACUAAUAAUCAAGUAGUCCAGUUAAAUUGCUCAAGAUUCUUAAUUACAUUUGUGGCUUCUGAAAAAGCAAACACUGGCAAUAUAUUAGGGCUAGAAAAAAUACUGGAGCCAUUACUAAAGGAUUUGCGAGCUAUUCAGUUUCCUUAA